CCCUCACCGCGCAAACCCCCAGGCAGAAAUCGCAUCGUGGCGAACGCUGCCCGGCGCUCAUUGGCGAAGGUCCCUCUUUCACCAAAUGGCACAAAUUCAGCGCUCGUGGGAGCGCUUUUGCGUAGGUCCCAGAAACGCAAACAGCGCUGGGAAAGUUCCGCGGCUCGCGGCACGGACACGGCACGGGAAAGCGGGGCUGCGGCCGCCCCACGGAGCCGCUGGGUGUCCGCCGGCCUCGGCAGCAGCGCCCGCACUGAGCAGGGAGGGACGCCGAGUACAGUCCCCGCUGAUGCUCCUGACACCGACCUCCGCAGUGAGAGGACCGUGUUUUAAGACUUCCUUGUUUAUAACCUUUCAUGUAUAAAUAGAACAUAUGGUUCCUGUUUAAGGAAGCCGUUGAGAGGGCAGAACGGGGAUUAAUGUUACCGCCCGUGCAAAGGAGCUCCCUUGUUGGCUGGCUGUAGGAGCUAAUGCCGCUUCCCACCUCGGUUUGCUCAACUCCAUGCGCAGCGCAAACAACGCACAGCAGCGCUCCGGCACUGUGCACGCCCCACCUAAGCAUGACGCUGAGCCCCGUUCCUCCCCAGAGCAGCGCUGCCAAGAAGCAAUGGGAGGGAAAUGGCACGGCCUGCUCUGCUCCCACGGGAAGCUGCCACCGGCUGGAAGGUGCACGACUGCGAGGGCUGGGGCUGCUGCUCUCAUGGUUUUGGGAUGCUGCUGUGCAUGUGAAUUUCUGCAUGGGCUGAGCCAGCAACGGGGUUCCCUGUCCGGGAGGGCUGUGCUGCUGGCUCAGCCCAUGCAGAGAUGGAGGGAGAUGCUCGCAGCCCUCCCUCGUGUUUGCACAAGUGCUGACACGGCCCUGGGGAGGUCAGCAGGGCUUGGAGCUGCAGUGUUUGCUAAGGGGAUCCGCUCCCUGCCCACAUCUCUCGCUGCCCGCGGCGCCCUGCAGAGGUUGACGAGAUCCUGUUCCUUUUGCAGCACUGCCAGCAGCCGAAUGGUUUCCUCCCAGCUGCCGAAUCCUUCGUUUCCCUAUGAAAAGAAAUGCAAAACAGAGGGGCUUCGCUGCAACCUCAGGAAGGAGAACCUCCGGCUCGUGGGGGGCCGAAGGAGCAGUGCUGGUCACUGUUCUCAGCCACCACUGAGUCAGGAAGGCACAGUGCUGGCAGAAAUGCUGCAGCACUGCCCUUUCCCACGCCACACUGCACUCCUGGGGUGUGGAGGAUGGGACAACAAGAGUUAAAGCCAUGUCCCAGCCCUGCCACCGGGUGUUCCCAGAGUGAGUCACACUGAUCCCAUGGCCGCAGGGUCCUCACACUCCCAGAGGUCCCGACACUGCCUUCCCCUCACAGCACCAGGACCUGCUCCUGCCCACGGGCUGUAGGGGUGGGCUGAGCUGAGGGCAGACCUUGUCCAACCCAGCUAGGUUACCACCUGGCCCAGCCCGAGUCCCAACGGAAACCCACCACCCGGGGUUUGCUCUUUCCUGAGCCCCAGAGCAGCACUGAGCUCUGCAUUCCCUCACAGAGGGACUCGCUAGAACACAGACAUGAGUGGCAGAGGCAGUGAUCGCUGUGCUCAUGUCUGCAGGCACUGCCCAGUUUCCCCACUGGAGCUGUGUCCAUGGAGCAUUGGCCCUGCCACUGCCCUACCAACUCACAGUGUUCCCAGGACUGGUCCUAUAGAGGAGUUCCUGCUGACCCCCAGGGAAGUGCGUGCCCUUCAGGCAGCCUGCAACACAGCCUAUAGCACACAUAAACCACUUUUUCCAAGCCAGUGUCAGCCAAAACCAGCUUGGACAAAGUUUUUUUUUUUCAUGGAUGGGUGUGAGAGAACAGGCAGCCCUCUCUGCUCCACUGGCGUCACUCUGCUGUGGUGCUGGCCCAGGGUGGAGAAAUCUCGGCUGCAGCUGCUGUGCUGCAUCUUCCAGCCCUGCUCACAGCCCUGCUCACAGCACGUGGUGAGCAGUGCAGGACAGGAGCAAGUGGUUUUCCCCAUGCUGAAGCCGCAGUGCAGCCAUCUCUGCACUGGGUGACGCACAGCAUCACUGAGCCCGCGUGCUGGGAGCAUUGUUCCCAAACACGGCUGGAGAGAGAGCAGCUCCUUAUCUGGAAAAGGCAGCCGACAGCACCCUGGGCUCGCUAGCGUGCAUCAGGGCCUUGUGUGGGAACAAGGGAGCCCUUGAUGCGCAGUGGGCUGUGGGGGAGCCCAUCUGCAGAGCCGAGCUCACCCCAGGGCGGCUGCAGCUCGGCUGAACAAUCGGCCCUGUGUGGGGUGUGAGCUCCAUGGCUCCCCCGGCCAUGCUGCAGCACUUGAGGGCAGAGCUGCCUGCCUGGGGCUGGCCAGCAGCUGGGAGAUGGCAGCAGGAGUGGACACCGUGUGCCUGGGCACGUGGCAUCCUGCUGCGUGGGCAAGGAGCUCUGGGCUUUGUCACUGUCACUCUGGUGGGGGACAGGGACGGAGCAGCCUGGGUUGGGGCCGUGCCCUGUGGCCAGGAGCCUCUGGGGAGGGACAUGCAGUGGAAGGGGCCCAGCGGUGGCAACGGGAUCCCCCCCAUUGCAUCCCCCCAGGCGCUGGGCGAGGACCAGGUGCGGAUGACCUCGGAGGGCUCUGACUGCCGCUGCAAGUGCAUCCUGCGCCCGCUCAGCAAGGACGCCUGCAGCCGCGUCAGGGAUGGCAGCGCACGUGUGGAGGACUUCUACACUGUGGAGACGGUGAGCUCAGGGGUUGACUGCAAGUGCUCCUGCACUGCGCCGCCCUCCUCACUCAACCCCUGUGAGAACGAAUGGAAGAUGGAGAAGCUGAAGAAGCAGGCACCCGAGCUCUUCAAGCUGCAGUCUAUGGUGGACCUACUGGAGGGAACGCUCUACAGCAUGGACUUGAUGAAGGUGCACUCCUACAUCAGUAAGGUGGUGGCCCAGAUGAACACGCUGGAGGAGACCAUCAAGACCAACCUGAGCCGGGACAACAACAUCAUGAAGGAGAGCGUCCUGCACCUCGCCGACCAGAUGAAGCGUUAUGAGAACUACUCUGACAUCAUGAUCAGCAUCAAGAAGGAGAUCUCCAACCUGGGCUACCAGCUGCUGCAGAAGGACGCUGCUGCCGCUCCCGACAGCAAAGCACAGGACACGGCAGGCAGCCGUGGGAAGGAGGCGGCGCGGUUCCCUGCUGUCCGCAAGGCACUGCCUGUCCGCACACCCAAGGAGAAACCACUAAAGCCUGAGAAGCCUAAGAAGGAAAAUGCCAAGAGAGGGGGCCCGCAGCCCACGGCCAAGGCCAAGCUCCCUGCGCAGCAGCAGACCGUGGUGCGGGGCAUCACCUACUACAAGGCUGGGCAGGUGGAAGAGGUGCAGAGGGCGGCCGGCAGCCGUGAGAGCCCUGCCAGGGCGGUGGCCGUGCCCGAGCGGCAGCAGGAGCGGGGCCUCGCGGACACCCCGGCUCAGCCUGGCACACGUGCAGAGCCCCCAGUGCCCCACACCACAGCUGCACCCAGCACUGCCCCAGCCCCGCACACCACUGCCCACAGCCACCCUGGCACCGCGCAUGGGGGUGGAGCUGUCAGCACCGGGGGCCCUGAAGUGCCCAACAGAGUGAAGGAGGUGGAGUGCGAAGGCACCAUCCGCUCAGUGGACCCCCCCACGGAGCACCACAGCUACGGGCGCAAUGAGGGGGCCUGGAUGAAGGACCCGGCGGCCAAGGAUGACCGCAUCUAUGUCACCAACUACUACUAUGGCAACAGCCUGGUGGAGUUCAGGAGCCUGGAGAACUUCAAGCAGGGCCGCUGGAGCAACCUCUACAAGCUGCCUUACAACUGGAUCGGCACUGGACACGUGGUGUACCGCGGCGCCUUCUACUACAACCGCGCCUUCACCAAGAACAUCAUCAAGUACGACCUGAAGGAGCGCUAUGUGGCGGGAUGGGCCCUGCUGCACGACGUGGUGUACGAGGACACGACACCCUGGAAGUGGAGGGGGCACUCAGACAUCGACUUUGCAGUGGAUGAGAGCGGGCUCUGGGUCAUCUACCCUUCGGCGGACGACGACUACACGCAGCAGGAGGUGAUCGUGCUGAGCCGCCUGGACCCCGGGGACCUGUCAGUACGCAGGGAGACCACCUGGAGGACGGGGCUGAAGCGCAACGCCUACGGGAACUGCUUCAUCAUCUGCGGCAUCCUGUAUGCCGUGGACACCUCCAGCCAGAAGGAGGGGCAGAUCUCCUAUGCUUUCGACACACACACAGACACCGAGGCAGAGCUGCGGCUGCCCUUCCUCAACGAGUACGCCUUCACCACACAGGUUGACUACAACCCCAAGGAGAAGGUGCUCUACGCCUGGGACAACGGCCAUCAGAUGACAUACCGGCUGCACUUUGUGGUCUGAGUGCUGGCCAGGGCCGCGGGGACAGCCCAGCUCCCCAGGAGCCCUCUCCACCCAGAAGCCCCACAGUGUGCAGCACACUGGGGCCGGGCUGGGGGAGCGCCGGGGUGAGGGGACACCCCCACGACGUGGUGGCUGCUGGGCCACGUCCCACCUCCGGCGGCUCUGGAAGCCCUGGGGCAGGGCGAGGAGCUGUGGGUCCCCACACCAGGCGCCCACCCCAGCACUGAGUGGCUGCACCCAGCCUGGCCCCGCUCCUGCUGCAGCUCUGGGUGCUCUUGGCCCACCUGGGACCACGUCCUGCAGGGCGGGUGCAACUUGGGUGCUGCCUCGCUGGGAGGAACAGCCACUGAUUGCUAUUUUAGAAGACGCAAUUAAGAUGCCUUUGCUUUUGCAGCCCGUUAGCUUGUUAUUUAAAUGCAUUCACAGGAGCUGUGCGCUGGCACAGCAGUAUUGGUGUGACGCUCUGCCCUGCCUGAACCCAGCACCCAACACCAGGCUGGGAUGGGCACGUAGCCAGGGAGCUGCAGCCUUUGUGCUCCUCCCCAGUAGGGCAUUGCUUGGCUUGGUUUCUGUCAAUUUAGAAGUGAACAGUAUUAAAAAGUAACAGAUAAAUAGCCA